CGACUAUGUCCUCAAGUUAAGAUUUUAAGUACUCUCAAAUGAGAUGCGCUUAAGUACAUAUAUUGACUGUACAAAAUUACAAGAAAUGUUGUAAGAGAGACAGAGAAACCUGUAAGUAAAAUAAAUAAAGGGAAUAAAAAAACAGGAGAGAGUAGAAAGAAGAGGCGACCAAAGUUGUGGUAAAAAGAAAAGAGACCCGAUUAUUGCGCCAAAACCAGAGGUGUGUCUCCCUCUCUCUUCAUUUCCCUCUCCUUUCUUCUUCUUCUUCCUCCUUCAUCUUGAUCUCGCCGUCGUCAGAUCUCCUUACAGCCUCUCUUAGUUCCUGCCUGCGAUUUAUAUAUCCCUCUCUUUUCCGGACACGAAUUCUACGACGAAUUCCGCAAUGGAUCCUCCAGUGUCAGAUCCUGACAAAAUCGAGGAUCAGAAAGAAGGAGGACCUUUGUUUCACUGUCAGCUUUACGACACAGAAGUAGUUCACAAGAUAGCUCAGGCUUUUCUUCCCGGAUUAGCCACUGCUUGUGUCGACAACACGACCGGAGAUAUCUUCAGGAGUCCUGGUUCCGUGGCCGCCGACAUCCGAAAAGAAAUGAUCGAUUAUUUGACUCGGAGAAGCGAAACCUUCGUCGCCGAGCACAUUGUCCUUCAAGGCGGUUCGGAGACUGAAUCUUCCCAUGAUCCUUACGACAUCAUCUCCGACUUCAUCGACGACUUCGCAACCUCCAAGAGGAAUCUCUUCAGCCGGGUCUCGGGUUGGUUGCUUAGCGAGAGGAGAGAAGACAACAUUGAUGAUUUCGCGCAGGAGAUGGAGAUAAGCGGCUUCUGGCUGACUGAUCACAGAGAAGCCAUCGCACAGACGCUGCUUAAAAACGUCGACUUUAAAAACAGCUCUCACUGCGAGAAGAAGUUCCAAACCGAAGGAGAACUCGCCGAGCACACCUUGGUCUGUGGGUACAGGACGAUGAACUGCGAGAACGAAGGCUGCAAUGCCGUCUUCUGCGCGAACCAGAUGGAGAAUCACGAUUCCGGUUGCCCCUUCAAGGUAAUACCGUGUGAGCAGAACUGCUCGGAGCGUAUCAUGAGACGUGAGAUGGAUAGGCAUUGUAUCACCGUGUGUCCUAUGAAACUUGUCAACUGUCCGUUUCAUGCUGUUGGUUGUCUCUCUGAUGUGCAUCAGUGUGAGCUCCAACAACAUCACUUGGAUAACGUUAGCUCUCACCUGAUGUACAUUCUUCGGAGUAUCUACAAGGAAGCAUCUCCGGAUGAUCUCAAACCCAGAGCUGAACAGAUACAACAGUUGUCUACUCGAUUAUCUGAAGCUCGAAAUGCAAGAUCGCUAACGAAUCUAGUCAAGGAAAUUGAUGCAAAGCUGGGGCCUUUAGAAAUCAAACCGAAGAAUUUUGAAGAUACAGAAAAGAAAGUUUUAGAAGAAGCUGAGAUCAAAGAAAAAGCAGAGACAGGUGGCUCGCCGGAGCAAGGCGCGAGGGAAGCUCUGGAAGAUGAAGUGGUUUCAAGAGAAUCAGAGGAUUUAGCAGAUGAAGCAAAGGUGGAAGAAGUUGUAGAGAAAGUUUCGGAAGCUGAGAUAGCAGAAAAUGUUAAUGAAGAAGGCGAACUAAAAGCUCAAAAGCUUUUGGAAAUAGGCGAGUUCAUCAAAGAAGGAGACAAAAACUCUCCAUCUGAUUUGUCAGUGAGAACUGAAACCAAAGCUCCAGAAGUUGUGGUCAUGGAUGAAGAUAGAGAAGAGGAGGAGAGUGCAGAGACAAAACACUCAAGAACAAAUGAAACCAGAGGUUUAGAGAUUGAAGUCAAUGACAUGAUUGAUGAAGGGGAUAGAGAGACAGAGAAAUCAACCGAAGCUCCAUCAAGAAUAGUGAUGGACAAGGAGGAGGAGGAUGAAAAGGGUAGAGAGUUAGUGAAUGUAAGGGCUCGUGCUUCUGAUGAAGCUGAAGCAUUGUCAAAGAGCUCAGAAGGUUUUUCUAAAGCGCAAACUGAAACCGUACCCAAUAUGUCUUAACUUAACAUCUUUGGUUGACAGAGAGGGAGAGAGAGACCCAACUUAACAUGGAGUGUUUUUUUUUUUUCCUUUGGACAAGAUUUUUUGUUUGUUUUGCCUGUCUGAAAAUAUUAACGAGUCAUCGAAUGUAAUCCAAUUUUGUAUUUUGUUCAACCAAUUGUGUUUUUUUGUUUCAAUUGAAAAUGAUUUCGAUUUUUCUUCAA